AUGAGUCUUCACUGGUUUCUUCUCACUCUUCUCCUUAUGACUCUCUUACCUCAAGUAAGAAGUGGUCUUGGCGCUGCUGAAAGCCAUUGUAUCAAUAUAUCUGGAAUUUGCAGACGAGACACUUGCAAAGUAAAUGAAGAUAUUAUUGCUGGCUGUAGAAGACGGUACAAAUGCUGUCGAGCCUGGUGGAUUCUUUUACCAAUUCCAACACCUCUUACAUACUCAGAGUACCAAGAACCCCUGAAGCCUAAAUUAAAAUGA